CCUCAGCCUUUGGGACCAGCUCCUCGCUGCCCUCUGCUCCUAGGACCAGCCAGCACCAUCUCUUUGUGGUUAGCUCCACACAGCGGAUCAGCCAUUACCUCCCAGAUUCCUCAGAAUUACUCCACCGAAGUGGACGCUGCCAUGAACCAUCUGGUCAACCUGCACCUGCGGGCCUCCUACACCUACCUCUCUCUGGGCUACUACUUUGAUCGGGAUGAUGUGGCUCUAGAGGGUGUGGGCCACUUCUGCGAACUGGCUGAGGAGAACCACGAGGGUACCCAGCGUCUCCUCAAGUUCCAGAACAACCACCGCGGCUGCACACUCUUCCAGGAUGUUCAGAAGCCAUCUCUAGAUGAGUCCGGUAAAACCCAGGAGGCCAUGGAAGCUGCCUUGUCCCUGGAGAAGAACCUGAACCAGGCCCUCUUGGAUCUUCAUUCCCUGGGUUCCGGUCGCACAGAUCCUCAUCUCUGUGAUUUCCUGGAUGAGGAGGAGAAACUCAUCAAGAAGAUGGGCCACCACCUGAUCAACAUCCGCAGGGUGGCUGACCCCCAGCCAGCGCAGACUGGUAUGCAACAGCCUUCUCUGAGCGGGUAUCUCUUUGAGCGGCUCACUCUCAAGCAUGAUUAG